GGGACGUGCCGCGCGAGGGAUGAGAGCACUUAAAGUCGCCCCCGGCUCGGCGCCGAGCAGCCCAGGCGGACAGAGGCGGACGCUGCGGCCGGCGGUGGCGGUGGCAGAGUACUGUUUGGCAGCACAGCAUUUGUGGAGACUGGACUGAAUACUCAGGUCAGAGGCUGCCCCCUGCUGCAGCUCAAUUCUUGGGCAAGGUGAAACCAGCCCUCCUGGCUAUGGGAGGAGCCGUGGUGGACGAUGGUCCCACCGGAAUCAAGGCCCCUGAUGGCGGCUGGGGCUGGGCAGUCCUCUUCGGCUGUUUCAUCAUCACGGGUUUCUCCUAUGCCUUUCCCAAAGCAGUCAGCGUGUUUUUCAAGGAGCUCAUGCAUGAGUUUGGGAUUGGCUACAGCGACACAGCUUGGAUCUCCUCCAUCCUGCUGGCUAUGCUCUACGGCACAGGGCCACUCUGCAGUGUGUGUGUGAACCGUUUUGGCUGCCGGCCUGUCAUGCUUGUGGGUGGCCUCUUUGCAUCCCUGGGAAUGGUGGCCGCAUCUUUCUGCAGAAGCAUCAUUCAGAUCUACCUCACCACAGGGGUCAUCACUGGCUUGGGUCUGGCUCUCAACUUCCAGCCCUCCCUCAUCAUGCUCAACCGAUACUUCAACAAAAGGCGCCCCAUCGCCAAUGGGCUGGCGGCAGCGGGCAGUCCAGUGUUCCUCUGCGCGCUGUCCCCGCUGGGGCAGCUCCUGCAGGACCACUAUGGCUGGCGAGGUGGCUUCCUCAUCCUGGGGGGCCUGCUGCUCAACUGCUGUGUGUGCGCCGCGCUCAUGAGGCCGCUGGCGGCACCCAAGGCGCGUGCAGGGACCGGGCCCCAUGUCCCCCAGCGGCCAUCAAAGCAUCUUUUGGACUUGAGUGUCUUCCGAGACCGUGGCUUCCUCAUCUAUGCAGUGGCUGCUUCCAUCAUGGUGCUGGGGCUCUUUGUGCCCCCAGUGUUUGUGGUGAGUUAUGCUAAGGAUCUGGGUGUGCCUGACACAAAGGCGGCCUUCCUCCUCACCAUCCUGGGCUUCAUUGACAUCUUUGCCAGGCCCACAGCUGGUUUCAUAACGGGGCUCAAGAAGGUGCGGCCCUACUCUGUCUACCUCUUCAGCUUUGCCAUGUUCUUCAAUGGCUUCACCGACCUGACAGGCUCCACAGCCAGUGACUAUGGUGGCCUGGUGGUCUUCUGCAUCUUCUUUGGCAUCUCAUAUGGCAUGGUAGGGGCUCUACAGUUUGAGGUGCUCAUGGCUAUCGUAGGCACUCAGAAGUUCUCCAGCGCCAUCGGUCUCGUGUUGCUGUUAGAGGCUGUGGCUGUGCUCAUCGGACCCCCAUCAGGAGGCAAGCUGCUGGAUGCCACGAAAGUUUACAAGUAUGUGUUCAUCCUGGCGGGGGCCGAGGUGCUCACCUCCUCCCUUGUGCUGCUGUUGGGCAACUUCUUCUGCAUCAGGAAGAGGCCCGAGGUGACCCAGCCUGAGGAGGUGGCCUCAGAGGAGAAGCUCCACAAGCCCCCGGUGGACUCGAGGGUGGACUCGAGGGAGGUGGAGCACUUCCUGAAGGGACAGCCUGAGAAAAAUGGGGAGGUGGUUCAUACCCCGGAAACCAGCGUGUGAGCGGCCUGGCCGGGCGGGCAGGGAGCAGGGAAGAGGUCCAGAGACUGGCAACGCUCAUAUUUAUUUCACAAACAGGACCAGCUGAGGCGGGGCCAUCUGCUCAGCUCUGGCUGCCUGGUCAGCGGGUCAGUGUUUUGCGGGGAGAGGUGGCGGGGUGGGAACCGUGUCGUUCCAAAGUGGAUCUGCGGUGAAGCCAAGGAAGCCGCACAGUUACCAGCCGGCAGACCAGGGCCCCAGCCUGCUGAGCCCGAGCAGCCUGUGCCUCCCCGCCCCCACUGUGGCCAAGGACCUAGAAACCCACACUUAGGAGACAACACGACUUUAAUCAGAGGGCAGGGCUGGGACGGGCUGGCAGGUGGGUGCUGCCUGCAGGGUCCUCCCUGGCCCCACCAUCCACCCCCACCUCUGCCCUGGUCUCCUACAUUGCCAGUCACCCCUCGUCUAGGGGACAAAGCGCUCCUUCUGCCUGAGAAGGUAAAACAGUCCUGUGUGUAGAGGAGCACCAGAGGGCCUGUCUCCAGCUGUCUGGUUCUGGGCAGUGGUCUGUUCACCCUGAGUCCCACCUUUGUUAAAUAACAAACUGCUGAUUCUUAAAAA